CCUCCUUCUUUGUCAUUAUUUUAAACAUUUUUUGAAUUUUCUAACCUCAGUUUGAUUUUUACUUUAACAUCGAAUUAAUUUUAACAUGGCUACAGGAAGUGCACAAGAAACACAGAAUUUUGUUACGUUAAAGGGUUCUGUGGAGCUAAUAGUGGAUUUUUUCAAUUACAGCUUGAAUAGUAUUCUUUAUCAACGAGGUGUCUACCCCGAAGAAUCUUUUAUUCCUACCCAACAUUAUGGUCUCACAAUGUACAUGUCAAAAAAUCCUGAAAUAAAAAAGUAUACUGAUGAAAUUUUACCUCAUCUAAAGCAAUGGCUUACCGAGGGCAAAAUCAAAAAGCUUGUUCUCGGUCUCUGUGAUGUUAAUUCAAAAGAACCAUUGGAAUGUUGGGAAUUCCGAAUUAUACCUGAAGAAACCCCAACAGGAGAGAUUAAACAGCAGGGAACCAAGCCACUGAAGGAUAUUCAGCAAGAAAUUCGAAAUGUUCUUAGACAAAUUACAGCUUGUGUUACAUUCUUACCACUUUUAGAUUGUGUCUGCUCAUUUGAUCUUCAAAUUCACACUACAAAAGAUGCUGGAGGUGAGGGAUGGGGUGAUGUUCAGCCAAUUACAAUUCAAAAUGCACAGGAAGUUCAGCUGAGAUCUUUUUCAACUUCCAUUCAAAAUGUGCACACAUUUUUAUGUAAUCAAGUUCGUCCUUACCUAAAGAAUGCGAUCCAGCGAAAUUAUGUGGCCGCAGUUAAGCCUAGUCGGAUUCAAUUGAAAUGCUCUGCAUUCUCUAAAUGUUUUAAGAGUUUUCAACCACUUACCAGAUUUGUAACAACUGCUGCUGAGGUACCAACAAUACAACAAUCAAAAUGGAUUGGACGAUGGCUUGGAACAUGUGCUGGCAUGUGCUUUGGAGCAGUGGUGAUUGGGGGACUCACAAGAUUGACAGAAUCUGGCUUGUCGAUGGUUGAAUGGUCUGCGUUUGGUGAAAGACCUCCGAUGUCGCGAGAAGAUUGGGAAAGAGAGUUUGAAAAAUAUAAACAGUUCCCUGAAUACAAACAGUUAAAGAAAGGAAUCAGCCUUGAAGAAUUCAAAUUCAUCUGGCACAUGGAGUAUGGGCACAGAAUGUGGGGUAGAUUAAUUGGAGCCAUGUUUGUCAUACCUGCAGCAAUUUUCUGGAAAAAGGGCUACUUUAAUUCAGCAUUGAAAAAGAGAGUAUUGAUUUAUGGAACUUUGAUUGGAUGUCAGGGUUUGCUUGGAUGGUAUAUGGUAAAAUCUGGUUUGGAAGAUCGAUUCCAUGGAGAAGCCGAUGUCCCAAGAGUUUCACAGUACAGAUUAGCUUCACAUCUCGGAUCUGCCUUCGUACUUUAUUCCCUUUUUCUCUGGACAUCUCUACAUCACCUGGUGCCCGCCAAAGUAAUGGAGGUCUCUAAAGGGGCUAUCAAAUUUAAAAGAUUAGUUCAUUUUUCUAAAGGAAUCGUUUUUCUGACCGCAAUCUCGGGAGCAUUUGUAGCAGGAUUGGAUGCUGGUCUGGUUUACAACUCAUAUCCCUUGAUGGCUGGACGAUUCUUACCUCAAGAAUGGCUAGCCUUGACACCUAAAAUCAGGAAUUUCACUGAAAAUCCUUCUACUGUUCAGUUUGACCAUCGUACUCUGGGGCAUUUUACCGUCCUCUUAUUAUCGUCUGUAUGGCUUUUGUCACGUCGCAUUGUACUUCCACCUCGAGCGCGAUAUGCUGCCAAUGCACUGGCUGCUAUGGCGUGGAUGCAGGCUUCUCUCGGAAUAGCAACUCUUCUCUUUUAUGUCCCCACACCGUUGGCGUCUUCACAUCAAGCUGGUUCCUUGGUAUUGCUCUCAACUGCCUUGUGGCUCUCUCAUGAACUCAAAAAUAUGAAGUACAUCCCAAAGUAAAACCAUUCGUUUGUAUACCGUGGUUUGAUUUUCCUUUCACUGCUCUGAGAACGAAAUCGCACUUUUCACGUAGUUGUGAUGUUAUUGAAAUAAAAUCAUUAAGUCAA